UUGCUUUGUAUUGCAAACAGUGCGGUUGUCUCUUUUCUUUAUUUGCAACAAAUCUCAAAAAUAAAAACCGAAUACAAAAAUCUAACAGUUACAAUUAUUUUUUUCAAAAUUCUAAACAAAGUUUUCAAAUAUAUUUUUAUAAGUUUUCACUUAAAAAGUUUCUGGACUAUUUUGCUAACAUUUGAAAAAAACGCGCUUUAAAAAAACAGUUUGUUAUUAAGACCAAUUGUUGAAACUACUUAUUGGAUUUGGAAAAAAAGUCUUACCAGAUUAAUUGUUACCACCUAAGGAUUAUUUUGAAUUUAACGAAUCUCAGCGAGGAGUAAAAGGAAAAAAUUAAGCCGGCAACAUGAGUUUUCAUAAAAGUGAUUCACGUACGCCUUUGGCACCCACAGAAUAUACCAAAAUACCGACAGUUACGACGGGCUAUGAUAACGAGAAGCAUAACGGCUCAAGGAAUAAUAACGCGUCUGUAAAUCAAACAAAAUUCAUACGUUCGGAUAUGGCGGAUGUGCCGGCUCAACAAGCUGCAGGCUCAACCCUGCCUUUAGUGAUAUCAAGGAAAAAGGGUGGCAGUGCAGAUGAUUCCGAAGAUGUUAAUUAUAAUCCAUUCGAGCACCGGAAAGUCGAGCAUCCAACAUCCGAUACGGAAACCCUUAUCCAUCUGCUCAAGGGUUCAUUGGGUUCCGGUAUUCUGGCCAUGCCUAUGGCAUUCCUCAAUUCCGGUCUCUGGUUUGGUUUAGUCGCCACCUUUCUUGUGGGUGCCGUUUGUACAUACUGCGUACACAUUCUGGUUAAAUGUGCACACAUUCUCUGCAGACGUCGUAAGAUACCCAUGAUGGGUUUUGCCGAUGUUGCCGAACAAGCUUUCCUAGAUGGUCCACCCAAUUUACAGCGCUGGUCGCGUUUUAUACGUUUUAUGGUGAAUACAUUUUUGGUUAUCGAUUUAAUCGGUUGCUGUUGUAUUUAUCUGGUAUUUGUGGGAACAAAUGUCAAACAAGUGGUGGAUUAUUAUACUGAGGAGGGUAGUGAAAUGAAUAUACGUAUAUGGAUUAUCAUUGUUACCUGCCCCCUGUUGUUUAUGUGUUUGGUGAGAAAUCUUAAGUAUUUGACACCCUUCUCAAUGGUGGCCAAUUUACUGAUGUUUGUGGGUAUUAUCAUUACCUUUACGUAUAUCUUCAAUGAUUUACCCUCACCCAGUGAACGUGUUGGUGUGGCUGAUUUCACUCAAUGGCCAUUGUUCUUCGGUACGGUAAUCUUUGCCCUGGAAGGUAUUGGUGUAGUUAUGUCUUUGGAAAAUGACAUGAAAAAUCCCAACCAUUUCAUUGGCUGCCCCUCGGUGUUGAAUAUUGGCAUGGGUACCGUUAUUACUUUGUACACUUUAGUGGGUUUCUUUGGCUAUUUGAAAUAUGGUGAAAGUACAGAGGGUAGUAUUACUUUGAAUUUACCCGUGGAAGAUAAAUUGGCUCAAUCGGUUAAACUGAUGAUUGCUAUUGCCAUAUUCUUUACCUUCACUCUACAGUUCUAUGUACCCACAAGUAUUAUCUGGAAGGGUAUUCAACAUAAAAUCGCUCCAGAAAAACAAAACAUCUCUGAAUAUGCCUUAAGAGUUGUGUUAGUGAUAAUAUGCGGUGCCAUUGCUGUCGCUUUACCCAAUUUGGGUCCCUUUAUUUCUUUAAUCGGUGCCGUCUGCCUAAGUACCUUAGGCAUGAUUGUGCCCUCUAUCAUUGAAUUGGCUGUGUAUAAUGAAGAUCCCGGUUUUGGACGUUUCAAAUGGCGUUUAUGGAAAAAUAUUUUACUAAUUUGCUUUGGCAUUUUGGGCUUUGUAACGGGUACCUAUGUCAGUAUAUUAGAAUUCCGUGCUGAAUUCAGUAGUAAACAUUAAUAAGUUUAUUCUUUUGUUUUUUUUAUUUAAGUAUUCUGUGUUAAUUUCGUUUUUUUUUUUAACAAUAACUUUUUUUUUUAAUGUUGACAAUUAUUAAAGAAAAAAAUUAACAUUUUUAAUAUUAUUUAUAUUAAUUUUGUUUAUUUAAUUAUGAACAAAUUAAAGAAAGAAAGCAUAAAUAAAUAUUUAAAUAAAUAACAUUUAAAAAAAAAUUAAAUAUAAAUAUUUACUAACAUUUAAACAUAGAAGCUGUAUUAUAAAACAGAGACAGGGAUUUUAUUUUAACAAAAACAAAAGUAACUCAAAUUUGUAUAAAAAAUAUUUAUUUAAACUAAACAAAAAUCUAACCUAUAAAAUGCUUAAAGCCACCAAGAUCUUUUAACAAUAGUUUUAUGCCAUAAAUAAUAAUAAUAAUAAUUACAGUUGUAUUUAAAAACAAAUUUUCAAAAAAAAACUCCUAAAUUUCAUUGUUUGCUGGUAUUUAUUUCAUAUAACAAAAACAAUUUGUUACAGCUAACAAUUUCUAGCCUCAGCUGUUUUAAAUUGUUUGCUGUAAUCAAAUUACUUUAGACUGAACUAAAUAUUUGCUUAAUCUUUUAUUUAAUUGCAUAUUUUUUUUGUAUAUGACUAUAAAUUGGCUUUAUUUAAGUUAGUUUAAGUUUAAAAAAAAUAUCUUGUAAAUUAUUUAAACCAAAAACUAACAUGGCAGCUUAAAUUUAAUAUAUUACUAAACAAAGUUUAGUUGGCAAAAUAAGUA